ACAUAAAGUCGGUAACGUAGCAACUCUAUUAAUCAACCAAUACGUGCACGAGAUUGACAUUUCGGCAACUGUCAAAUUUCAAAAUAUGACAAAAAUAGAAUUUCUAAUUAAAAAAUGCUGAUUGGUACUGAUGUAGGACAGUGUCGUGGUAUUUUCUUCAUCGUUACGCGCUAUUAAACGGCUGUUAUGCCUAUAAAUAUCCCAGGUUUGAUAACGACACAUUGUUAAGAGAGAACACAACAAGUACACAUGUGUGACAAUGGUAGUGGCAUACAGGACUCAUAGCCUUUUUUAUUUUGGAAAAACUAUUCAUUUCCCGAAAACUGUUCAAUUAACAAAUGGAAAGCGAUCGAUUUAUUGUUGGGGAAACGGUUUGCACCGUCUUCAAUUCAUUGGCGAAAACAAGAACAAUUUGAGGUUAUGUGGCUGUCGGCACUAUCAUCCGAAAGAGACUAGGCCUAUGCUAGCAAAGUUAACACCACAAGAGGUUGAUUCAAUUCUGCGAACGAACGAAUUUAAUUAUGAAUUUUUUGAAGGAUCUGUUAAAUCGUACGAUUCCAAUCAAUUGGGGUCAAAUAAUCCAAUGGAAGAUACUAGGUCGGAAGCAAAAUGCACAUUAACGACGGGAUUAUUAUUUGGAGUGUUUGAUGGUCAUGGAGGUGGUGCUUGUGCUCAAGUGAUAGCGAAACGUCUUUACAAAUACAUCGCUGCAAGUCUAUUACCAACGGAAGCCUUAGAAAAAUAUAUGAAAUCAUUAGAAAACGUAGAAAAUCCUUUAGAUUUAAUCAAAUCUUACAACGAUAAAGUACAAUUUGUCGACGAAGUACGUGCCAUUUACAAUGAUAGUUUUCUCAAUUAUAUUAAUAGAUUAAAAGAGGUAGGUAACAAACAAAGUUUUGAAAUGAGUCAAGCGUUAGAACAGGCUUUUCUUCGUUUAGAUGAAGAUCUAUCGAAUGAGGCUAUACCGAAAUCCGGCGAUCCUAUUAACAUGAAAACGCUUUCAGUUGCGAUGACUGGUGCCGUUGCUUGUGUGGCCCACGUGGAUGGACCUCAUUUACACGUUGCGAAUGUUGGGGAUUGUAACGCCGUUUUAGGAGUAACUACCGAAACGAAUUCUUGGAUGGCAAAAAAAUUAACAACCGAACAUAAUACUUAUAACCAACCAGAAGUUGAUCGAAUCUUAAAAGAACACCCAUCAAACGAAGCGAAUACAAUAAUUAAAAUGGAACGAUUAUUGGGCCAAUUAGCUCCGUUACGAGCGAUGGGCGAUUUCCGAUAUAAAUGGUCAAAAGAAUUAAUGUCAACGAUUGUAACGAAAUAUUUUGGUGAACAUAUGGUGCCUCCGAAUUAUUACACACCGCCGUAUUUAACUGCUAAACCGGAUGUGAUUUAUCAUAAAUUAACCCCGCGUGAUAAAUUCUUAAUUUUGGCAACCGAUGGUUUAUGGGAUAUUAUCUCUCCGUUACAAGUUGUUCGAUUAGUCGGCGAACACAUGAGUGGAAAAGUAACGUUAAGUCCGUUAAAAUUACCUCGAAAAAAUAUGACCUUAAACGAAAUUAACGGGAUGUUAAUGCAACGGAAAGAAGGAUUAAAAACGAAACCGAAAGAUAGUAACGCGGCUACGCAUUUGAUACGAAACGCGCUUGGAGGAACCGAAUAUGGAAUCGAUCACGGGAAAUUAUCGCAAUUAUUGAGUCUUCCUGAAGAUGUCGUGCGUGUUUUUAGGGAUGAUAUUACAAUUACUAUUAUUUACUUCGAUUCUGAGUACCUAAGACAUUGUCCUGCGUAGCAUUUUUCUAUUAAUUAGCUUAAAUUUGUUGUGUUUUCAAAGUUGAUUUUUUUUUUAAUAAAUUUUUAUUUUAAAAGAAAUCGUUAUCGAUUAAACUAAUAGAAACUAA